AUGGUCAAGCUAACAAUUGUUGGAAGGGUUAAUGAUGGGUUGCCUCUCGCACAAGGGCCAAGGUAUUUGAACGAGGAAAAUGGCAACAAUAUCUCAUUUUACAAGCAACAAGCUGAGUUCAUACUCUCAGAAAUCUCAAGAGGAAACUUUGCUCCUUCCAAGAUGACCAUCCUCGUGGAUCAUCACUCCUUUAACUUCUUGGUAGAGAAUGGAAUCGUCUUCAUCACAUUGUGCGAUUCUUCAUAUCCAAGAAAACUGGCUUUCCAUUAUCUACAGGAUUUGCACAAGGAAUUUGACAAGUUUGAUAAUUGCUUAAUCGAAAAAAUUACAAGACCUUACAGCUUUCUCAAAUUCGAGAGCAUUAUUGGGAAUGUUAGAAAGCAAUAUAUUGAUACAAGAACUCAGGCCAACCUAUCAAAGCUUAAUUCUAACAGGAAACAAGAUUUAGAUAUUGUUACCAAACACAUAUCUGAAAUUUUACAAGGAAGGAGAAAUUCAGAAAUAUCGGAAAGUAUAUCCCGGAAACCUCGAAGUACUCCCUCCUCAAUUUGGGGGUCUCCGUGCCUUGAGGCAAUUGCCUUGAAAUGGACGCCAAUCACAAUCAUUGUAGUGGUGGUUGUUGUUCUUUUAUGGGCUAGCUUUAUACUCACAGACAACUUCACAAGUUCAAGCUUAUAAAAAAAUUGCUAAUGUCUGGAUUUAAAGGAGCUAUACGUUUGAAGUUCAGCACAGAUAUCAGGCGCCAAGAUCAUUCUGCAGCUUCACAAUUUCGA